UGGCGCUCUCUGACUUUAAAACCAGAGGCGAUUAAUGAAGCGUGUCGUUUCGUACAACACGCUACUUAGCACGUGUUUAGCGUGCGCUGUUUAAAAGGUUAUUCUGGGGUGUUGUCAAACAGACUGUAAAUGAACUUGAUUAGGUUAUAGUUAAAACGAAACCGCGCGCUUAAAGAUGAGCGCUGUCUCGAAUUCUAUCAAAGUAAACGGCGUUUGCGCGGAUAAACUGCGCCGUCGCUAGUGACAACUGAAUCUAGGCAACAUACUACUCGUGACAAAAGCGAUUUAGCCUUCCGAAACUGAGUAAAGCAUUUUUUUUGGACCGGGACACAACUAUAGUGGUCUCUGGUAGGAUUCCCCCCAUCUGUUAUCCUCGCGCACCCAUGAUUGAAAGUAAGAGAUGGGCUGGGCCGCCUCUUUGUGACAAUAGAGAAGAGCUGAAGGUGAUCGCGGGAGCGGCAGCAUCACCACCGUAUUGCUCUUCACGGAGAAGGGACAGGGGCACCACGUCUGCUCAAAUCCGUCUGAAAAAGCUACCGCAAGUUUACCAACGACCCCAGUAAGCUGGUUAUUUGACGCGAAUUGGACGAGCUGGUCUCACUCCUCCUCCUCCUCCUCCUUCUCCUCCUCCUCCGCGCGUGGGCUGCUCGCGCUGGGAACUGGAGAGCGGCACGAGAGAGCUCAGAUCCAUCCCAGCGUUCAACUCGCUGUACCGGAUUCAUUCGCGAACGGCGGAUGUAAUUUAUCGAAGGAAACCCCCGAAAAGGCUUUAAUCAAUCGCACAAGCGUCUCUCAGCGAACGCGGCCGUUGCUCGGGGGCUGGAUAUCCGUGUUUUAGCCGCGCAAGACGCGUUUGACUCGGGAGAGAUUGAAUCGCCGUGGAGUCGGUAUACGCACUUUCGCGCGGUCCGAACAGGUGCACGCGUUCAUAACUCCAUCCCGACUCAUUUCUGAAGGUCUGAGUGGCGAUUAGGAAUUUAUAACCACAUUUGCAUUUUCCCCCCCCUGCAAUUUCUGGACUUAAUCGGCAGUGCUGAAAGAGGAGAACUAUGGAUAUCAAAUGGCUUAUUAUAGCCUUUGCUGUUUUGGUGGUCUCAUGCUCGGCUCAGCGGCAGGUCACAGUUCAGCCAGGGCCCUUGAUCCGAACAGAAGGCUCUCACAUCACCAUCUGGUGUAACGUGACCGGCUACAAGGAAGGGGUCGAGCAAGACUUUGAAUGGUCCAUGUAUCUUUACACCGCUCCCGAUCGAGAGAUCCGUAUCGUGAGCACAUCGCAGCACAACUACGCCUACGCCUUGUACUCCCAGCGCGUCAACAGCAAGGAGAUCUACAUCGAGAGGCUGAGCGGAGACUCUGUCCUGCUGCACAUCACCAAGCUGCAGGCCACAGACCAGGGCAUGUACGAGUGCUACACUCCUAACACAGACAGCCGCUACCUGGGCUCCUACAGCGCCCGUACCAACCUCACCGUGAUCCCUGACACUCUGACGGUGACGGCCAAUGCUCAGACUCUCUCGAAAGUGGAGGGGGAUACACUACAGCUGAGCUGUGAGGUCACGCGCCAGACAUCCCAGCAUACUCACGUUUCUGUGGGCUGGUACCUGCGACCCUCUGAUGACCCCAAUUCUGGUCCUCGUGACCUGGUCACCCUGUCACGGGACUUUGUUCUACGGCCGGGUGGACAGUACCGCCAACGUCUGUCUUCUGGAGACCUGCGUCUGGACAAAACCAACGCCACUUCUUACCGUCUUACCAUCUACAAGUUGCAGCCCACAGACCAGGGAGAGUUCUACUGCGAGGCCUUGGAAUGGAUCCAGGACCCGGAUCGCUCCUGGUACGCCAUGACCCGGAAAGAGUCAGAGAAGUCAUCCAUCAAAGUUCAGCCCACAGAUCGGGACUUUAGUAUCCAGGUGACCACUGAGCGCCGGGCCUACACGGCUGGUGAGCCGCUGGAGCUCCGCUGCACCAUUGACGCUCAGAAUGUUCCAGAGCGCUUCUUCUCGGUGUCGUGGGUCUUCAGCAGCUCACCUGUAGCCGUGAUUGGGCCCAGCGCCGUGCCCCUACUGGGACCCAACUACAAGGAGCGGGAAGCCGCUGGCCUCCUGACCGUGCGCAAAGAGAGCCCUUCCGUCCACCUGCUCAAGUUGCAGCGUCUGUUACCGGAGGACUCUGGGAAAUACAUCUGCAGAGUGACGGAACGAGAAAAGACCCUCACUGGAGAUUUCAUCGACCGCAGCAAGCGGUCCCGUAACGUUCAGAUCACCGUAACCCCUCUCAGAAGUAACAUCACUGUGUCGUUAUCCAGUAACACUUCCGAGAUAAUGGAGGGUGAGACCGUCCAGUUGACCUGCGUUGUUAGCAGCACUGUGGGUCCCCUGUCAGUGUCGUGGCUGUGGACGGAUAAGGAGGGGGCGGGUCCUGCAGUAAACGUGGCUUCGGUGGAUCGUGAGGGCACCGUCACUCCUGGACCCACCUUCAGGGAGCGCAGCAGCUUUGGAGAGAUCCGGGUGGAGCGGGUUCGACCCGAUACGUUUAGCCUCUUCCUGUAUAAUGCCUUCCCCACAGAUGAGGGCCAGUACAGAUGCAGCGCCACCGAGUGGUCCCAGAGCGGUACUGCACCUGACUGGAUUUGGCAGCAGAUUGGAGACGAAUCCUCAACCAAGACCAUCACUGUAAAAUCAGUUGAAUCUUUCUUCUUCGUGUCGGCCUCCUCCCGUACGCCCAGCGUGACCUUUGGUGACUCGUUUGACCUGCAGUGCAUCGUGAAGCCACGGCACAAUCCCAACGUUCCCGCUGCGGUCACAUGGCGCUUCCAGCCAGCAGAGGGCGACGGAGAGUUCAGAGAUUUGGUAACGUUCACGCGGGACGGCACUCUGCAGUGGGGCGACCAGCUGCUGGGCCUGGGCACCCGUACCACGGUGGAUCGCACGCCCACCAACACCAACUUCCGCCUCAGCAUCACCCGAGCCGGACGCAAGGAGGCUGGGACGUACCAGUGUGCUGCCCUGCUUUAUCGGAGAAAUUACGAUGGCACCUGGAGCACGGUGGCCAACCGCACCUCCAACCCGCUGGGCAUCAGUGUACUGCAGCCUGUGAGUAAACUGAAGGUGCACAAGUCCAACCAGAGUCUGCAGUUUCUGGAGGACAGUCGGGUGCGUGUCAACUGCUCCAUCACCUCUCAAACCAGCCCAGACUCUCAGCAUGCUGUGCUAUGGUACGCACGUAAAGCCGAGGCAGGAGAGCCAGAUGAGCUGCUGCUGAAGAUCGAACACUCUGGAGCGUUUGAGUAUGGAGCGUACGCUGAAGAGGAACGUCUCCGCAGCCGUGUGCAGUCAGAGAGGCUCUCUCCUCGGCUGUAUGGCCUUACCCUGCACCGUGCCGAGUCCAGCGACUCUGGAACAUACUACUGCCUAGUGGAGGAGUGGCUCAUGGACCCUGAUGGACUCUGGUAUCGCCUGGCGCAAGACUCUUCCGGCUUUUCACAUGUGGUCGUGAGACAGCCAGUGGUAAAGUUGCAGGUGGAGGAGGCAGAAUCUAAUAUAACAGUACCUGAAGAUGGAUCAAUCCGGCUGGGUUGCAGCAUUCUGUCCCAGUCCUCAAAGGAUUCCCGCUUCUCUGUAUCCUGGUAUGUGUACCGUUUAGGACAAGAGGAGGAGGAUGAACAAGAGUGCGUCUUUUCUAUCGGUCAUGAUGCAGUUUUUGGAAAUGGCAACUGCAGCCCUACGGAGGAACCUGGUCCAAACUCUCGCCUGCAGUUUGAACGUACCACCUCAGAACUGUACAGUCUGACCAUCCAGAAAGCUCGAUCCAGAGAUGCCGGCAACUACUACUGCCAUGUGGAGGAGUGGCUGCUGAACCCACGCAAUGCCUGGUAUCGCCUGGCCACCAACAACUCUGGAGUCACCAUUGUUAAUGUUGUGGAGCAGGUCUCUACCCUACAGUCAGUGGUUUGUUCCAACGAUUCCCUGUUCUACUUCGUCUUCUUCUACCCCUUCCCUAUCUUUGGCAUCCUCCUUAUUGCUGUCCUGCUGGUGCGCUACAAGACCCGCAGCUCCAGCAAGAACCAGGAGGGCAAGAACGGAGCGCCGCUCUUGUGGAUCAAAGAGCCUCAUCUCAGCUAUUCCCCAACCUGUCUGGACCCCCCAGCCCUCAGCCUUCACCCCGGCUCUGUGGAGUAACAGUGACACCAACGUGACCCUGUCUCGCUCAGAGACUCGCUCAUCUACACUCUCUCUCUGACUCGAUCUCUGUUUUUCUUCUCCUCCUCGUCCGUGAUGAGGCCACCAGAAAGUAAUCUGGGCUUCUAGCCUGGCCUGUCAAUCCGUCCAUAUGACUGACUAAGACCUUCCUCAGUUGAAGUUGCCAUGACUACGGUGGCUGCUGGCGCUGAUGCCUAGACAUUCGCUUUGCUUUCUUUUUCCUGAUCUUUUUUUUUUUUUUUUUUUUAAAUAUGAUUUCAUUCAUGCUCUUGUGUGAGAACCUUUCUUUUGAGGUGGCAGUAUCCGUGAGCCUUGAUGUAUUUUACCCGACUGACACCAAUUCCUUUCCUCUCUGGGAUCGGAAACAGCAGUUCCUUUUUGCUUUUUUACUCCCGUCUAUGAAGUCUGGUGGAAACCAUUACAUAUUAUUUGUUAUUUUGUCUGUGCAUAUUUUUGCUUCAGAAGACUGGAAGGUCAUUGCUGGACUUUGAACGUUUCUAGGGACAAUGGUGUAUGGAUGAAGGAAGAGAAGGACAAUAUUCCCUCAGAAAAACUCUGAAAGCUGACAAUGGAUGUAUAUUGAUUUUGUUUGUGUGCACGUGCCACAGAACUGACCUGAGAACUGCCUCUGUUUAGAUGGAUAUAGACUAUGGAGAGCCCUCAUUGCCCACAGACUCAUGGAUAUACACAAACCCCAGCUCAACCUCACUGCCAAAGACCAAUACAACUUCAAAAGCAACAAAUUCAAAGACACUGAAUUGGAUUAGAUCUGGGUAACAUGAUGUUGGAAAAGACAGUGAGCUUCCUACGCUGACAUGUUUCCUCAUCGCUGGUGCUCAGAUGUAUCUACAUGGCCCCAAAUUGCCCAUUUCAUUUCAAAGUCUUCUUGACCUUUCCAAUGUUAAGGAGAUCCAUUUAUUAUAACACCCUGAUGUGUAUAUGAGUGUGUGCUUGUUUGUGUAUAUAUACGCAACUGAACCCACAUUCGGUGAGCAUUGGCAUCCUGGUAUUUUAGUACAAGGUUGAAUGGAAACAAAAGGGGGCAUGAAAGGGCUUUUCUCUUCCAAGACGGCAGACAGGACACUAUAGACUCAAGGGACAUUCUCAGUGCCAAGAUCUUUUUAUCAUCAUACGUGCCCUGUAAUGAUCAAGAAGGAAAGCAGUUAUAUAAGUUAUGAAGGGAUUUGACAUUUUUGUUUUAUCUAUAUUCUAAGUCACAUCAAGUGUUGUUGUUCUUCUCUUUAUUGGUUUGUGUUUGAAAUAUGGUGCCCGAUCUUUGUGUUACUGCUGAAAAAAUUGUGAAACCUUAUUGCGCAGUGUCAUAACCUGUAACCUGUGAAGACCUACUAGUGUGACUAUAUCUCUGAGGAUGAACAUUUAGCAUCUAAAUUUUCGUCGGUCUCCAUGAACACUUCGAAAACACUGCCAUAUUUUACCAUUGAAGAUGCUAGGAUCCUCACAUUUGCUCUGCAGUCCACACUAGUCCCGUUCCAUUCAAGAAAGGUUCAACCUCUAUACUGAAAGCAUUUAGAGCUUAGCUGUAGCGUGAAUGAAUUUUAUGUUAAUUUUUCUUUUAUUUCAACACGGACUAUGAAAUAUAACGUGUUGUGUAGUAACAGCGACCUGCGUUCUGACACCAAACUGGAUGUGUCUCACUUAUAGACACCUGAAGAUCUGUGAACAGUGCAACUUUCCCACAGAGUAUCAUCUGGGUCGCUGCCGCCCUCAUAUGAUCUCAACAGUCAACAUCGCGGCUUUUCUGUAAAUGAAAUUUAGAUCCAUUCAAAGCUUGUGAUAGUCUUAUUUAUUGAAUCAUAAAACUCCUAGAUAGAAUACGUGAACCUCAUAAAUCUGAAUAGACAGAACGUGACAGAAAUAGAAGCAAACAUUUAGGCAACUAUAACUUGGCUACUUGCGCGCAGUGGCCUAGAGGAUUAUGGGAAGUAAUUCUGAACCAGUCUGAGAAUCUUCAUACAGAUGACACAGUGAUCUAGCGCUCUUUAUCUACUAAAUUUUGUUGAACUGUACAGUGCAUGACGAUGAGUAAGGGGGACAUUUUAUUAAUGUCUGAAAGUUGUGUGUCGUGACAUCAUGUCAGAUCAAUAGCAUCCUCAUCAUCUCUACCUUGAAGAAGGCCUCGCUGAUUCAAAGCACCUGUUCAGUCAGUUUAACACAGCAACUCUCAAAUGUAAUGCAAACUUCUGUUUGAUAAAUAGGUCGGCCUUCCUCGAGCAGGAGAUGUGUAGUGUGACAUUGGGUGUGAUAUUGCGGUUCUGCUGUCGUUCAAUCUGUACAGACUUAUUCAGAACUCUAAAUAGUGUUUUUGUAGUUCAACAUGCCCAGCUGAAUCAUAAUGUUCUCACAAUGUUGUAAAUGCAUUUCGAGGGCUGCAUGUCAUGGCUGUGUACUGGCAGUAUAGCUGCAGAAAAACAAAACAAAUAACAAAAAAUAUUGUGUUGAUGUGUGUUCAGUUCAGCCAGUGCUGCUUUUUCAAGUGGUGGUUUUUAUGUUCUUUUUUUUUUUUUAAAUAACCAAAAUAGUGCACUGAAUAUUUAAAAAAAGAAGUUGCCAUAGUUUUUUUUUAUGCUUAUGUGUUUUGUUGUACUCUGUUCAUUUUUUGUGUUUUUUAUAUCUAUACUUAUUUUAUUAAAUUGUAGCAAUUGCUAUUAUGAAAGGCACUUUGCUAUUGUCAGUUGAUUGCAAUAAAACGUUCAGUGCACCACA